AUGGGACGAAUUUCUUCGAAUAUUAGAGAAGAUGCCAAGGUUUCUGUUUUGGGCUCUAUUGUGGAAAAUGAAAUUGAGGUCUCAGUGGGCCGUAUAAAGUUUGUGGCUUUUCCUACAACUAGUUCAGAUACCAAUCAAGAUACAAGUGAUGAAGAGCGAAUAAGUGGUAGCGAAACAGAUAUUUCAAGUAAUAGUGAUGAUAGUUUUGAGGAUGGAGAAGCUAUAGAUGCCAAUGAAAUUGUUACUAUUAAUUCUCAUCAAGUGUCACGCUCCUAUUCCAGUACACCAGUUGUACACAUUGCCAAUAUCUCUAAUGCAACGCCUAGACAGUUUUUUGAGCAUUUUAUACCUGUUGAUUUUAUAAUGUCAGUAGUAAUUUCAUCUACAAAUAGAUGUGCGCGUGAAUGUGAAUGUGGAUGGAGUAAUUUAACAUGGCCAGAAUUUAUAAAGUUUAUUGGCAUUUUAACAAUUAUGACGUAUGUAAAAUGUGUUGAUAUUUGCGAUUAUUGGUCCAUUAAACAAGAAAUGGCUGGAGUUUUACUAGCAUUUGGUCAAUACAUGUCACAUCAACAAUUUCGAAAUAUCAUAAAAUAUUUGACAUUAAUAGAUAUACCAACAAAUAACGAUCCCUUUCAUUUUGCACGGCAGUUUCAUGAUGAAUUUAAUGAAAAUCUUACAAAAGCUAUUCUACCUGGUCCUUAUCUUUGCAUAGAUGAAUCAAUGUGUCAAUGGAUAGGCAAAGUUGACAAAGGUCCAUUUCAACGAAAAAUACCCAGAAAGCCGCAUCCAAUUGGAUGUGAAUUCAAAGCUCUUGCAGAUGUUCAAAUUAAUUUAUUCUUAAGAUUAGACCCAGCGGAACCUUCAGAAUAUGCUAUGAAAAAAAAAUUUUCAGAUCAAUACGUAGCAGUUGUUGCAUCUAUGUUAAGAUUAAUAAAGAAACGUUGUUAUUGGCCUAAGAAUAUCCCUAAUGAUAUUACAGGUGUACUUGAAAAUACAUAUGGGUCAUCUAUUAGUCAAGUUUGCAAAAUAAGUGAUGUUGACUUUACUGUAUAUUCAAUUCGUGAUCGCAAAGAUAUCGUACUUCUUGCUAGUUAUUCUACAACAACUCUCAGAACAGAAAUAAAUCGAUAUAUUAAGGGUUAUGGUAAUGCAACAUUCCAUCGACCUAUUGUAUUUGAUGAGUAUAAUGAAUUUAGAUCAGCUGUAGACAUACUUAAUAAAUUGCUUGAUAAUUCACUUUCUUAUCAUGAGAUUCUUGGAUCAAAAUGCUCUGCAGAUCGUGUUUUUGCCUUCUAUCUUACAGUUGCAGAGGCAAAUAGCUUCUCUGCAUAUUGUAGAUUUGUUCCGGGAAAAAAAAAUAUGAAACACGUUGAUUUUCGCAAGCAAUUAGCAAAAUCAAUCUUCAAUUGUUAUUCGGACAAUACAAUUGCCGAUCGAACCAAAAAAAGAUGA